AUGGUCCUCUACGUCACUGCAAUCCACACCUUUGUGGCAGAGCAUGCCGACGAACUCGAGUUCCAGGGCGGAGACCGGAUCGAGGUCUUGGAACGAGACGAGGCCUUUGGCGAUGGCUGGUGGAAGGGCCGUAACACCAAGGGCGACGAGGGCCUGUUCCCAGCAACUUACAUCUCCGAAGACCCAGAUGCAGUACCCGCCGGCGCUUUCAAGAAAGAAGACGCCGCAGCUAACGGAGACGACGAGGCCCUGGCAACGCCCGUCGCGUCGGAAGCGGUCGCAUCCCCGAACAACGACCACUCCUCACUUUUUAAUCCGGGACCAGAGGCAGUCUCGGCGGACCGCAGUCUCGAAAAUGACCACCGCGACAGCCUGCUCGACGUGACUGGCGCGCCGCGCGGCACGGCACUAGUCACCACCGACAAGGGCGCUGGUAACAACGUCAUGGACCGCACCAUUGGCGAGGUGCAGGAAGCCAUUGACACAAUGGGGGGCCCAUCGCCAGCGCGCACACCCGAGGCACCAGUCCAAAAGGGCUACCAGCUCAAGGACCCGCAGGAGGCGUCGCGCGAGGACGAUGACGACGUGUCGGACGGUGAGGGCGCAAUUGGGAUCAACUCGGACGCGCGCGCCCGCCUCGCUGCCCAGGCCAAGCUCGCAAACGAGGAGCGCGACCGCCAACACCAGCGCGAGAGCGGUGGCCUCGUUGCCGACCUCAUUUACUCGGACGAGAGUGACGACGACGAGGAAGGAUCCGCCGGAUCACGCCGUGCUUCUCGCGGAUACCGCGGCCUUUCGCUUAAUGGUACUCACACGACCCAGACAGCCUCGACAAGCACUACCAUUGCCGAGCGCAUAGAGGACGAGGACUUGGACGACCCUCCAAAGUCGCAAACUCUGGCUGCUGCGGUGGAGCCUGCGCCCGUGCCCGCCGAAGACUUGAUGCCCGCACCGACAGCGCAGCCUCCCACUACCCAGGCCUCAAUCCCGACGGCGCCUACUCCACCCCAGCCCAAGGCUGCCAUGUGGAGCCCAGUGCCGUACCCGCCCGUUUCCCAGUUUUCCCAGCAGCAGCAGUCCAGUGCUCAGACAGUAACAAUGCCGCCAUCCCAGCCGUCGGCAGAUGAGGCUCCUCCGCCGGAGACUUCCUCUGCGCCAGCAGCCGAGGCUUCGCACACUCCCUCUACAGGCGUCUUUGUGGCUGCGGGAGCGGGUGCAGCUGCCCUCGCUGGAGUCGGCGCAGCUGCGCUUGCAUCUGGUUCCGGUCCGUCGUCGACCGCGGUGACUUCUGCACAACCGUACACGUCUCCAAACCUCACGUCUGGAGCCACCAUGGCAGACCCCAUCCUACCUUCGCCUGGCAGCAGGACGUCGUCCUUACCCCGCGGAUCGCCGCUCAUGAAUACGUCCAACCUUCCCGUGGUGCCGCCCAGCUCGCAACCCGCGUCCCUUCCCGCGGGAGCAGCUCCACCCGCGACCAUCACACCGCGCUUGGACCAGGCUGCGCAGCUGCAACCAGCCCUUCCCAUCUCUUCUCCCGCCACUCCCGGUGUUGCUGCUGCCGUAAGCCCAGCGGCGUCGUCACCCGGCGUACUGUCGCCCGACUCGGCCUCGCGCAUGCCAGCCAAGCCGCCCAUGACCUGGACCGUCGACGAGGUCGUCGAGUGGGCACGUUCGCGCGGCUUUGACGAUGGCGUGUGCAACAAGUUUGUCGAGCAGGAUAUUACAGGCGACGUGCUUCUGGAGCUUGACGCCAACUUAUUGAAGGAGCUUGACAUUCCCCAGCUCGGAAAGCGCCUACGCAUCGCGGCGGCUAUCAAUGAGCUCCGCCGUCCGCCGUCCGCCGUCUCGAACAAGGCGUCGCAGCUGCAGACUCAGCAGACGCCGCAGUCCGCGUCUCCUGGGCCUCCUCCGGCCCCACCUAUGCCCGACACGCAGCACCUGUCCCAGGUCCCGCCACAGGCGCCGACGCACUCGCAGACCGCCUCGCAGUCGUCGAGCCUGCGCGGGUUCGCCAUGGUGCCGCCUGCGUUUGUUGGUCAGGCAGCUCAGUCGACCCCUCCCCUCGGCACCACGUCGCCUGUCAUCGACGACCAUCACAAUGUUUGGUCGCACGGCCGGAAGGUCAGUGUCACGCCCACCACCCAGUCUAUCGAUGAGUCUAAGGCUGUUGAUGGACCCAUCAUCACGAACGGCGAUGGCCAUGGUCGGGGCCACAGUCAGUCGGCAUCCAUCUCCCUUCCCGCGUCCUCGACCGCUCCGCCAUCGCACACUGCGUCGCGCUCGACGUCGUCUAUACCCGCUACUCCGGCGACGACCGCGACCACCGGCACCGGCGCCAAGGAGAACCUGAUGAAGCGCGAGUCGACCAGCUCGCUGACCGGCCACAAGAAGAAGGGCAGCGUCGACAAGACGGACCGCCUGAGCUUCUUCGGCCGUAACCGCAAGGCUCCUCCGCCUGCAGGUUCGGGCAACGCCUCGCCCGUCGGCCCGGAGCGCAGCGCGUCGUCGCGCAUGACUUUCAGUGGCGGGCAGAAGCCAGCGAUGCAGACCAUGACUGCCGACAAGCCUGACGGCACAUCCGCCACGCCCAGCGCGGGCGUCGGCGCGGCUCUUCGCCAGAUCGGCAAACCUGACAAGGUCGGGUACCUCAAGAAGCGCGGUGAGCGCUACAACACUUGGAAAACGCGCUACUUUGUCCUCAAGGGCUCGCACCUGUACUACCUCAAGAGCGAGAACGAGGACCGUGUCAAGGGCCACAUUGACCUCAAGGGCCACCGCAUCAUCGUUGACGAAAACACAAACCCGGGCAACUAUGGCUUCCGUCUGGUUGGGCCUGGUAACGACAACAAGCCGCACUUCUUCUCGUCGUCUGACCGGACUCAGGUCCGCGACUGGAUGAAGUCGCUCAUGAAGGCAACGAUUGCGCGCGACUACUCUGUUCCCGUUACGUCGUCGUGCAACAUCCCCACCAUUCCCCUGGCCGAGGCGCAGGCGCUUCAGCCCCGUCCACCGAGCCCCGCUCAACGCGAGGCUACGCAGCGGGCGACGCGCCGCGAAAAUGUUAACCAGCUCACGCCCCGUGAUGCCAGCGUCCUUAUGAGCCUCGACACCUCUGGUAGCGGUAAGAGAAUGACGAGCCACGGCAGCAGCCUCCAUCCCUCGCCGUCUCGACCCGACCGUGACACGCGCCGGCCAUCUACCGGCAAGGAGACGAUGCUGAGUAGAACGAGCAUGGCGAUUAGCGAUCGGCGGAGCGUCAAUUCGUACUACGGCCAGCCGGAGACUGAGGAGCAGGCCGAGCUGCUCAAGUGGGUUAACCAGACACUGCCGCCGCAGUACCCGCGCGCCGCGCACUUCCCAAGCUCUUUUAUGUCGGGCGAGGUCAUCCUGCUACUUGUCAAGCACCUGUCUGGCAUCGAGCCCAACCCGCCCGUACCGUCGUCGGCGUUCGCGCCAGAUGCGACGGGCUUACCCAACGUCGAGGGUCUUCUGGCAAUGGGCGAGACAGUGAUCGACGCUGGCGUAGACAGUGCUGGUGUGAGUCUGAACGAGAUUCGCGCAGGCGACGUUCAGGCCAUCACGCACCUGCUAGAGACUGUGCGUUCGUGGGCGCAGCAGAAGGGUUAUGCGUAG